AUGAAACUCGCCGCUGCAGGAAACAGCCCGCUUUAUAUUCCAUUACCGCUGUUGAUGGUUGAGGCUCGUUCACCCGUCGUGCCUACCACCCCCUACGAAGGCCGGGCAGGGCCCAUAAGAACAAACGUCAACGCCAAGGAUAGUUACGCCAAAUCGUAUAUUCCAGUGGGUAUGGUCACCUAUACUAUAAUUGGCGACGGCCUUGUAUCUUAUGCCUCUUAUGCCUUCACUGUCAAGUCAUCAAGUCACCCAUGGUUCAUCUGCCUCUGGACAUCAACCCAUCAAAGACACCCGACCAUGACUGGGUGA